GAAAAGAUUCUUCAAGCAUUACUUGACUGUACUCCGAGCACACUGAAUAUUCACUCCUCGAAAGCAUUGGUUUGCCGCGAAAAAACCAGAAAGAAAAAGAAAUUAAAUGGAACCACCAUUAACAGCGCGGUUCUUUUGGCGCCAAAACUCCCGCCAAAAUUACACACAGCUCUAUAUACACGCACGCAUAUACAUACAACCCUACUGAUAAACAUAAUUCCUCAAGCCUUCACUCAGAGAGAGAGAGAGAGAGAGAGAGAGAGAGAGGAUCUAUACACAGAGAGAGAGAAACUGUUCGAUCCCUCAACGAUCGGAGCAAAGAUGGUAGUAUCACUGGGUCCCGGCAAGUUCUACGGCAGCAGCCUGCCCAGGCCCCGGAUCUACACCGACGUCAAGUUCAGCUCGGAGCGGGUCGACCCGCCCUCCCCGGUCUCCGACCCGUUCAUGUCGUGGGCCCGCGAGGCCCACUGGUCUAUGGGCGGCCUCAGCUUCAAGCGCUUCCGCCUCCAGGGCCGCAUCGAAGGCAACGUCAACAGGCUGCGCUCCCAGCGCGAGAAAACCCUCAAGAAGAAACGAGACGGACUCUCCGCUGCCGCCGUCAAGAUCCUCGGUUCCGAUGACGACGAGGAGGAGGAGGAGAAGGAGGUGAGCCCGUCGCCGCCCCCGGCCCCGGCGGUUGUGAAGCGUAGGCGGUUCACGGGGGACGAGGAGGAGGGAGAUUGGAAGAGGAAGAGGCUGGCGAGGAAGCUGGGGAAGGAGUUCGAUCGGGUCGCGGCGGAGAGUGGUGGUGGAGCGGAGGAGGAGACGGUGGGGGUGCGGACUCGGAGCAGGAAGGUUGUUGAGGAGAGCGGUGGGGGUGAGAAGAAUUUGAAGGUGAGGAAGCUGAGGCGGGUUGGGGAGAUAGAGGAGGAGAGAGCUAAAAGGGCUGCUGAGAGGGAGAGUGGUGGUGGGGUUAGGACUUCGCCGAGGUUCGCGUUUCGUUGAUUGCCUUUGUUAGUUUCGGGUCAAAUUCUCGUGUAUUGAUUUGGCUCUGUUGGGAUGUGUCCAAGUCUCUUGACUAUCAGAAAUACAAAACAAUUUUUUUUUUUUUAUCUUUUUGCUUGUUUGGAUCCUUUUUUCUGGUAGAGUGGUGUCUUCCCAGUGCUUGAAUGUAUGUUAGAUCUCUAUUCCGUCUGACCAGAAAAAGAAUGUUUAAUUUUAAUCUGCAACUGCAAGUUCGAAAUGAGAUGAACAUGCAAUUGAAACCA